GUCCGGGAAGUUCGCCGGGUUUCCAAGAUGGCGGCUCCCAUCAGUAGGUGCUGUGCACAUUGGCGAUCACUGACCUUGUCUUUUCCAGCCGCUGGUUACCAUGCCAGACCACGGGUGUGGGGGCUGGGUGGGGUGUAUAAGCCGGACCCUCAAGACCCCAGAACUAAAGAAUGGCAUAAAGGGCCACAGUAUGAAGCCAAGUUGUAUGGGCGACAUGGGGCUGCCUCUGGGGUUGACCCGUCAAAGCUAUGGCCGAGUCCACAGCGCCUCAGGGAAAUUGAGGAAGACGAGAAGGAAUGGUACCCAAGUCUGCAGGAGAUGUUAGACAGAGUGGAGGCCAAGGAGAGGGAAUUGCAAAAAAAGAAAGAAGAAAGGGACCGUAUUAUUGCUGCUAAUUUAGCAAAGAUGCCCCAGAUGGUGGCAGAUUGGCGCAGAGAAAAGCGGGAGCUGAAACAGAAACAGCAAGAUGAAAAGGACCGAAGAGAGCGUCUUUUAGCUCAAGCCCGUGAAAAGUUUGGUCUCAACGUGGACUAUCGAAGUCCAAAAUUCCAAGAGAUGGUGAAAGAGCUCGAGAAACAGGAGAAAAAGAGGAGGAAGCUCCUGAAAAAAGAGCAGAGGGAGGAGGCUCUGGCAACAAGCCCAGCUGCUGGUGGAGUAACGUCAAAUACCCCAGUGGAGGGAGCCACAUCAGCAAAUACCCCAAAAGGAGGGGCUGUCACAGCAAGUAACCCAACAGACGGAACUCUUUAAAAUGUUUCAAGAAACAGAUCUGUGCAGACAAAAUACUCUUUUUCACAAGCAGGUGGUGAUAAGGACACACGUGCCAGUUCUUAAACAUUUGAUCAGGUUAAUUACCUUGUAUGUUGGAUUACUCAGAUAAUAUCAGCAACACCUCUGGUGGCCACAUGUAUCAGAGUUUGACAUGUCUUAUGUUAAAGGCAUCUUUUACAGGAAGGCCAUGCAUGUUUGGGGCAGAACAGAAGAUGGCAUCAGCAACAAAGGGCAUGGGGAUAUUGUUUCACA